AUGGAUAGGGAAGAAAAAGAAAAUGCAUGUUUUUAUUCAGAAACCAACUUCAACUUGUAUCACGUAGGAAAAGGAAAAGCUGGUUGGGACUCUGUCAACCAUUCUGGACAAUACAGAAUUGCAACUACUAGCACUUACUCACUCCAAGACUGCUGCAAUCGUGGACAAGGGCAACCUCGACAAAAUCCUUCGUCACAAGGAAAUUUUGUGCAGAAAUGGGGAGCAACAAUAGAACAACACACCGACGAAGCAGAUUUGGAGAUAUCUGAUUUAACUCGCAGCCUUGAAGAAGCUGCGACGAGAGCAGAGGACUACAAGCGUGAGAAGGAGAAAACUUUGCUCAAUCAGCAACAAGAGGAAGAACUACAGUUUGAAAAACUAAAACUUGAGCAAAAGGCAAAAAUUCAACAAACAGAGCAAGCCGCCACAAAGCCAGCCAGCAAGAGCAACCUGAAAAUGCCAAAACUAAUCAUCACAAAAUACGACGGCACCUAUGAGAAGUGGCUCUCGUUUUGGAACAAGUUUGAAGCUGAAAUUGAUUCAUCUGAUCUGCCAGCGGUCACAAAAUUCGCUCAUCUGAAAGAAUUGCUGGAAAGUAAUGUUUGCGAAUCAAUCGACGGCCUUCCCUUUACUUCUGAAAGCUACCAGCGCGCUAAGAAUAUUCUGACUUCAAAUUACAGCAAGAUAAGCGAGAUUGUAAAGGCAUACAUCGACAACUUGAAUGCCUUGCCAGUGAUAACAGGAUCACAGCCUAGCAAAAUCCAUAAAUUUUGCCAGACUUUGAACUACCAUGUUCAAUCUCUUGAGACGCUGGGUAAACUUUCGUCUUGUUUUUCUAUGGUGCGUGGUGUGCUUGAUAAGCUGCCAGGAAUCAAAGCCGAACUUGUGAGUGGAAAAGUAGGAUGGCAAGACUGGGGAUUCACGGAACUAAUACAAGCUCUAGAAGAAUGGAAGGCAAUUCAUCCACUGGAAUUAGCUGAGAAAGCUAGCAGAAAACCUCAGGCCCCGCCGCCGCCUCGUUCGCCUCGCCACAGAAGUUUCUACGCGCAAGAACACGAACCAGCCCGCGCGCGACACGCGUGUGUUUAUUGUGAUUGCGUGACGCACAGAUCUUGGGAGUGCGAUAAAAUCACGUCGCCUGCCGAACGCCAUCAAAUUUUGCAGAAUAAAUGGUUGUGUUUUAACUGCACUGGGCCCAAACACAGCGCAAACAACUGCUCUAGUAGAGCUUCCUGUGUACACUGCAAGCAAAAGCACCACUCGUCUAUCUGUGACAGACAAGUAAGAGCAAGUCAGCCUAGAAAUAAUGCUGGAGUUGCAUUGACAGCAACACAAGACAGGGAGAAGAAUUGCCAUCCUAUAGUUCUUGUCAAAGUAAAUGGCGUAACCUGUAGAGCACUACUGGAUACCGGCGCAACCAUUUCUUACGCCUCUGGAUACCUCUUAAAUAGGCUGAAGCUGAGACCAACACGCAUGCACACACGCCGUAUUCAAACCAUCGUGGGAGUGGUUACAAAACGAAGUGAGAUCUUCAAUGUCCAAGCGAGCAACAUGGAAGAAAAGUAUGCCAUUCCACUGAGCGUGACGAGAAUUGACCAUGCCGAAUUGCUGUCUGUUGAAAACCCAAAUUAUGCGGUAAUGAUAAGCAAGUACCCACAUCUGAAGGGAGUUUACAUGGAGGACACAGACUUGAAGAAGAUGCUUCCUGUCCAUGUUAUUCUUGGAGCUAGUGACUAUGCACGAAUAAAGACCCAUGAAUCCCAGCGAACUGGAGCUAUGGGUGAACCAGUGGCAGAAUAUACUUGCUUUGGGUGGACCAUCAUGUCACCAGGGACAGAGACAGACCUAGACAACAUGUUCCUAGCGCAAACGGCCUCAAACGAUUGUGAAGAGCUGUAUAGAAUGGACGUCCUUGGACUUGAAGACGCACCUAGUGGUGAUCAAAGCGUUGUCUACGCAGAGUUUCGUAAACAGCUUAGAUGCAGUCCUGAUGGGUGGUAUGAAGCACAGCUUCCUUGGAAAGGAGACCACCCUCCCCUACCUUCGAAUGAAUCUGGGAGCUUGAAACGCCUGGGAAGUCUAGUACAACGUCUAAAGAAAACAGGUCGUCUGGACAAAUACGAUGCGAUAUUCCAGGACCAACUGCGCGAAGGAAUUGUGGAAGAGGCAGACAUGCCAGCCAGUGGGAAAGAAUUUUACAUACCCCACAGAGCCGUGGUGAGGGAGAAUGUAGAGUCGACCAAGAUGCGGGUAGUCUAUGAUGCCUCAGCCAAAGCCCAUAGCUCUGCACCCUCACUAAAUGACUGCUUGGAGGUUGGACCACUGCUCCAAAAUAAACUUUGGAAGGUUCUAGUGUGGGGAAGAUUCCAUCCUGUGGCUCUUGCUGGUGAUAUUCACAAAGCCUUUCUCCAAUGUGUGGAAGAGAUUGAGCGUGAGCUAUAUGUGGAUGACAUAUUAUCUGAUGGACCUACUACUGAAGAAGUGAAACAGAAGAAAGCCACAACAACUGAGAUAUUUGCCCAAGCUACUUUCCAUUUGCACAAGUGGCACUCGAACGUGAAAGAGCUGGAACUGGAUGAUGUACCCGAAGACAAUGCAAAAGAACUGCAGCCAGUUACAGUGAAUGAGCAUGAAGACAACUUAGCUACGCAAAGCAACAGCUGGGCGUUCAAUCUAGACAGUGUGGACUCCUGGGAUUGA